AUGCAAGGUUGGCUGUUGCACGCAAAUGCCGAAAAGCUGAAUCCCGAAGCUAAGGAACCAAGGGGACUCUUCCCGAAGGUCGAAACUGGCGCCCGCAGAGUAACUUUUCGUGAUAUUACCAUACAGGAGUAUGAGAACCGACUGCGAGUAUGCUCACAGCCGGAAAAAAUUUUUUGCUACUUUGCCACGAUCAAGACAGAGAAUGAUGCCGGCAAAUUGAAAGUUUUUAUGACGCCCGUCGACUUUUUGCGCUCAUUAAGACCAGGCCUAAGGCAGCCAGAGGGCUUGGGCUUAAACCAGUUCCGCAGGAUGGACAGAGAAAAAAUUAAAAAGCUUAAGUGCAGCGGCUUACCGAAGGACAGCAUAUUUUAUAAGCUUCGACCCGAUGGCCUCCUCACCUUUUGUGAUUUUCUGUACCUGGUCAUGCUGCUGACAAUGCCAGAGAAAUACUUUAAGAUGGGGUUCAGACUUUUUGAUCAGCAGGGAAAUGGUAACCUCAGCAUAAGGGAUAUGAACACUUUACUAUUAGGCAUCACCCAUGAUGAGCGAUUCAGGAAUAUCUCUGCUGUACACUUCUAUUUUUUUGGGCCUCAGCUCAACCAGAAGCUGAGCCUAGCCAAGUUUCUAGAGUUCAGGCGGCAGUUACAGCACGAUGUUCUUCUGCUCGAGUUCAACUUACUUAAGAAGAAGCCUAUGUCAAAGGCUGAGAAGACCAACACUCUGAAACGUAUCAACAAGAAGUAUCAACCGGUCAAGCGGGGCAUAACACAAGAUGAGUUUAUGUCAUUCUUUCGAUUCGUUCAACAUCUGCCAGACAUAGAAACGGCACUGUCCUAUCAUUAUCUUGCAGGUGCAGACAUAUCCCGAGGAGCACUUAAGCACAUUUCUGAUGUGCUUGUCGGAGUUCCUCUGUCGGCCCACGUGAUCGAUGUAAUCUUUACAGUUUUCAAUACCAAAAACAGCGGGAUCCUGGGAUGCAAUGGCUUCAUUGAAGCCUUGCGACAUCGCAUGUUGCGUUGCAAACACACCUCCUUUAAUCUAGAGGAUCUGUACGGAAGCAUCCUAAAGUGUGCCAAGGAAGCGUUGAUCGUAUAG